UUUUUUUUGACACAACAUAACCUUAUUACCUUAAAAACAUUUGUAUUGUUAUUAAUAACUACUAUUAAAAAUAAUAAAAUACUUGUUGCAAAUAAAUAAACAAUUAUUAUUGUUGAUUAAAUAAUUUUGUAAUAGAUAAUUAUGUUUAUUAGAAGUUUAAAGUGUAUUGUUGAUCCAGUAUGUCUGAGACGUGGCAUGUCAGUGACAACAUCAAAUAUUAUAAGAAAUUUGUGUAGUAAAAUUGAUGGUGAUAAUGAAAAAAAUAUUAAUUUAGAAAAACAAGAUGAUAAAGAUGAUAAAAUUGGAAGUUUUGCUAAGGCUUUUGAAAAAUUUAAUCAACCUGAACCGAUAAAACAAACUGAAGCACCCCAAACAUUUGCAAAAUUAUUGAGAAAUUCAAAAUUAAUAAAUCUUGGUGAUCCAGAGGGUAAAGUUAUAACUGGAAAAAUAUUUCACAUUGUUGGUGAUGAUUUGUACAUUGAUUUCGACUGGAAAUUUCACUGUGUCUGUGCAAGACCUCUAAAAAAUUCUCAGGAUUAUGUAAGAGGAGCAACUGUUCGUCUUCGAAUAAAAGAUUUAGAAUUAUCAACAAAAUUUUUAGGUGCAUCAAAAGAUUUGACAAUAUUAGAAGCAGAUUGCACUCUUCUAGGAUUGAUUGACACACCAAGACGUCCUCGUCCAAAUGCAUAAUCAUUAUUAUUGUUAAAUAAUAUUAAUUGAAUAAAAAAAAUUUAUCAUAAAACAUCAAA